AUGCAGCAUUACCGUAACGAUCACUAUGAGAGUGAACCUCUCGACUCUCAAAACUACUACGAAUCCUCUCCGCGACAUCCCAACCAACCUCAGAACCACUACUCACCACCAUCUCCCACGCCCUACUACGACGCUCCCUCUCCCGUGAGGGCACACCACCCAAGCGCUCACCCCGACUCUGCAUUCAAUCGCAUGCAGCCUGUUCAAGACAACUAUAGCCAAGGCCGCUCGGCCUCACCAUACUCUGGUGGCUCUGCUGGCUAUGACAGCCCUCGACGACCGUCGCCUUCGCAUCACGAUCAAGGCUACUAUAACCAAGGGAGCGGCGCUGCUGCUGCUGCCGGCGGCGCCGGAUACAUGGGUGGCAUGGACGCCAUGGAGCGCACCGGAUUGCCCCCGCCCCCCUCCCGAUCUCAACAGAACCCCUACGAUUCGAAUGGUGGAUACGGUUACGAUUCUUCCUACGACAAUGGCGCACACGGACCGUCACAGUCAAGCUUGGCUGGUCUCGCGCCUGGAGGGCCGCCAGGUUCCGGCUCAACAUCUCACUUCAACGGAAGUGAUCCCUACGUCAACAAUCCAUACCCCCCCGGCGGAUACUAUGCCAACAGUUCGCGUGGCAGUGCCAAUCUGGGCGUCGUGAAUCCUCACGAGAUUGUCGACGAUGGAGAUGAUGGACUUACAUACGGCAAGAGCCAAAGGAAUUCAAUGCUGAGCCUGUCCCACUCGGACCGCGGGAAGAAGAUCCCGGCUGCAAGCGCUGCGGCGGUUGGAGGUGGUGCGGCCGCUGCAGGCCUGAUGGGGAAUAGAGGCGGAGGCGGCGGCGGCGGCGGCGGAGGUUACGAGAUGAAUGCUGGCCACGAGAAGCCUUCUGACUGGCUGGAAAACGAAAACAAAAGAGGCAAGAAGUGGAAGUGGAUCAUCAUCGUGGGCGUCUUCCUCGUCAUCGUGGGCGCCAUCGUGGGAGGUGUUGUUGGUGGUGUGGUCAACAAUGGAAACCAUGAGAGCAAAAGCGGCAGCAGCAGCGGCGGCGGCAAGGGGCAGUCGGCAGAGGAGGAUGAGAAGAAGAACGGUGACCUUGGCAAGAGCAGUGCCGAGAUCCAGAAGCUCCUCAACAACCCUGACCUACACCGAGUGUUCCCCGGUAUCGACUAUACGCCUCUCAACUCACAGUACCCUGACUGCAUGCACAACCCGCCGUCUCAGAACAACAUUACCCGCGAUGUGGCCGUACUGGGCCAACUGACCAACAAGAUUCGUCUGUACGGAACCGACUGCAACCAGACACAGAUGCUUUUGCACGCCAUCGACCGUUUGGAACUGACCGACACCAAGGUCUGGCUGGGAGUGUGGCUAGACAAGAACGAGACCACCAACGACCGACAACUGGAACAGAUGUGGGAUAUUCUGGACGAGUACGGAGAUAAACCAUUCGAGGGUAUCAUCAUUGCCAACGAGAUUCUGUUCCGUGAGGAGAUGACGAUCACCAGCCUGGCCAAGAUUCUGGACGAUACCCGAACUCAACUCAAGAAGAAGAGCCUGGACCUCCCUGUUGCUACCUCGGAUCUGGGCGACGACUGGACAGACGAGCUGGCCAAGGAUAGUGACUAUAUCAUGGCCAAUAUCCACCCCUUCUUUGCUGGCGUCACCGCGGAAGAGGCUGCUGCGUGGACAUACAACUUCUGGGAGGUCCGAGACGGCCCAUACUGGAAAUCAGACAAGCAGAAGAACAUUAUUUCAGAGACAGGCUGGCCUACUGCCGGCGGAAAGACGUGCGGUCAAGCAACCACAUGUACCGAGGGAUCCGUCGCUGGCAUUGAUGAGCUAAACACCUUUAUGGACAACUGGGUCUGCCAGGCCCUCACGAACGGGACGAACUACUUUUGGUUCGAGGCGUUCGAUGAGCCUUGGAAGAUCAAGUUUAACGAGAAGGGCAAGGAGUGGGAGGACAAGUGGGGUCUCAUGACGGUCAACCGCGAGCUCAAGGACGGCGUCAAGAUUCCGAGCUGUGGUGGCAAGACGAUCAAAGACUACAAGAAUUUUGCCUAG